GUUUAAAUCGGACCGUUACGCCCCUGUAUGACAGCAGUAAGCAGACUUCACUACACACUCUAUAUCUCUGAGCUGCUUCCUCCACACACUGGUCAGUCAUGUCCAAGUGGGCGCACACUGGAGGGGAAUUACAGAACGGGAAAUGCUGUGAGGAUGAGGAGGACUCGGACACUGAGGAGGAGGAAGAUGAGGUGAAGGAGAUGUACCUGAGGGACAGGAGGAGAGCUAAAUCUUUACCCGCGUACCCGGAGCAGGCGCGUCUGUUGAACCAGCUCUCUCAGCAGUCCAGAAAGCAGGUGAAGUUCGCAGACGCGCUCGGGUUGAGUUUAUUCAGCGUGAAGCACUUCAGUAUCUCUGAGGAACCCCAGAUUCCCAUCAAAGCCUUCCCGGACAUGCGCGCUAACUUCAAACCUACCCAACCGGUGCAGAGACUCGUACCCGCCUGUGAGACGCGUCUCUCAGAGGAGGACACGUGCGCGCGCUUAAACCGGUGCCAGGUCGCGCUGGAGAGGGUCUCCGUUAGCCGGUGGGAUGUGCGCGGGAUGGUACGGGUAACCCCCGGUAAUAACGAGGGAACAGAAGUCAAAGUGAGGUACACGUUUAACGACUGGGCGUCUUUCGCGGACGCGGACGCGCACGCCGUGCCCGCGCAUGAGGAGAACAGGUUCGCUUUCACCGUGCACGCGCCUCCGGUGCUUGCGCCCGGCGCAAUGGUGCACUUUGCGGUCUACAUGAGAAACGAGCGCGGAGAAUUCUGGGACAACAACGACGGACAGAACUACUCAGUGCGGUGCGGACACUCGGUUUAAGGACUUCAGACUUGGGGGCUACUUUGCCAGGAUGGAUUAUAAGAGGGGUCAUGGUGGUUCAAUGUCUCUAAUAUUACCUAUAAAUACAAUACCAUUUUUGCUUAAGCUCUUUUUGUUUAAAACAUAAAGGAAAAACAAAGUACAUUUAUUCAUCCAGCUUAAGUAAUUGCUUCAUCCUGGUCAUGACUACAAUAGGUCCAGAGCACUGAGACACCAGAGACAGAGUGCAAUUGCAGUGCAUAACAAUUAUCCAUGCACUUCAUUUGCAAUUUAAAGUGGACAAUCAACCUACUGCAUGUUCUUGGAUUUUGGGAGGAACUCAGGGUACCUAGAGGUAAUCCAUGGCAGCUGUGUGGCACCGAGACUAUCUGCUGCACCACAACGUCACCAGAACAUCUUCAGGGUAUCUUGAGAUCAUCCCUGGAACUGUACAAAAGGGAUAAACCACCAUUUAGCUCUCAUAAGGGUGGAGGUUGUGAAGAGUGCUGUUUAACAUCUGUCCAAAAUCUCACCUUGCAUCCUGUGUAUGGGUGCACUAUCAUACCAGUUUGUUUGUUUAUUAGGAUUUUAACGUCAUGUUUUACACUUUGGUUACAUUCAUGACAGAAACGGUAGUUACUCAAUACACAAUAUUAAUCAGUUCACAAGUUUUAACGUCAAACACAGUCAUGGACAAUUUAGUGUCUCCAAUUCACCUCACUUGCGUGUCUUUGGACUGUGGGAGGAAACCCACGCAGACACAGGGAGAACAUGCAAACUCCACACAGAAAGGACCCGGAGUGCCCCACCUGGGGAUCGAACCCAGGACCUUCUUGCUGUGAGGCAACAGUGCUACCCACCGAGCCACCCCACUAUCAUACCGGAGGACACCAGUCCUUCUGGAAUGUUUCUUCAAAUUGAUGAGCUGAUCAGUCAGAAUAUCUGCAUCUAUUGAUUGAUUGGCAUUUGUAAAACAUCUGGAAAACAGUUGCUCUUGGCUUUCUUUAUUUGUUAAGGUACACUAUAUCUACAAAAGUAUGUUCACACACCCCAUAUUUACUAAAUUUCGGUGUUUCAGUCAAACAUACUGUUAAAAUUAAGAUAAGCAAGGUCCAUGAGGACCUGAUAUGACAAGUUUGGUGAGGACAAAUCCCAGGGGCCUGCUCAGAGCCCUGACCUAAAACCCUGAACAUCUAUAAGAUGAAUAGGAACACUGAUUGCGUGCCAGGCUGUCUUGUUCACCAUCAGUGCCUGAACCCAUAAAUGCUCUUUUGAUUAAAUAGGCAAUAACGCCCACAAACAUGUUCCAGAAUCCUAGCAUUCCCCUAAAAGUGGGGGGACGUUAUUGCGGAAGUUAUUAAAGGAAAGGCGGGACAUCUUCAUGUUAAUUACCAUGGUUGUGAUGUUAUGUCUAAGGCCCUACCUAAUUUAUGGCCGUGAAAAUUGCAUCAAUAACCGAGAAACAAGCCUUUUAUUAUGUAAUAUGCAAUUUGCUGUGAAAUAAAAAAUGUAAGGUUUGUGUUUA